AUGACAGAAGAAGAGGAUCCAUACGCACUUUCUUCCUCGGAAUCCGAAGAUGAGGGACCAAAGAAACCGAUCAAGAUCGAGGGAAGAAGUGGAGAUUUGAAGCAGUUGAAAUCCGCUUUGUUCGAAAACAAAGGACCCGUGAAGGAUGAGGCGAGAGAAGAGGAAUUGGCGGCGCUAAAGUCAGGAAAUAACGAGUUGAAGAAAAUGAAAAAGGACUUUGAAACCGGCGCUGUCCAUAACAUUGAAAACGAGGAUGAGGACACAAAAAUAGCUCGCCUUGAAGAACGCCAAAAAUUGACUGAAAUUGGACAGGAGAAGUUUUCCAAAUUCAAAACCAAAUUCGAGAAUAUUGAUUCUACAAUGGAAGAGGACUUGGAGCAAAAAUUGAAGAGAAUGCAGAAAGAGCAAAUUGGUGGACUUGGAAAGGAUACGUUGGCUAGUGCCAAGGAGAGAUUCGAAAAGGGAGAAAGCGACAUUAUUGUCGAGAAAACGGCGGUGGACAUUGAAAGAAGUGCAGAUCUUUCGAAAAUGAAGGCAGCAUUUCAGGAAGUGAAACAGGAGGAAAAGAAGAAUUGUUGCAUUUGCGAUAAAGUUGUCUAUCCAGUGGAGAAGGUUGUGGCUAACAAGAAUUUGUACCAUAUUCAAUGCUUCAAGUGCUGCAAGUGUGCCAAGAAGUUGACACCCACAAACUUCAACUCUCACGAAGGAAAACUUCUGUGUAAAGUGCACAUGUUGGAAGUGUUCCAUCCGGAAAUCGCCAAGACAAUGGACCCAGCGAACACUGAAGAAGACGAGCACGCUGCAUCCGACGAGGAAGAAUUUGCAGUUUCCAGUAAGCCCAAGCAACUUCAAGGUGUUGUUAAAUCUUACAAAGCAUUAAUUGCCGUACUUUCGAAACGUCGCACUUGCGAAACGUCACACUUUCGAAACGUCACGCUUAUGAAACAAAUCGAAAAAUGUGUGAAACAGCUUCAAAUAUACAAAGCUCUGUUCGAAAAACCAUUUAAAUACUCAAAUACAAGUUUUUGCUUUUUCUUUCAUGCAUAA